AAGAAGAAGAAGAAGUAUCUUUGGUGCAGCAGCACUGUGCGUGCGAAAAGGGCGCACAAGUGUAGUCAGCCAGCGACCCAGCAGACAUGUCGGAAAGUGGGAGUCAGGAAUCCUCAGGGGCCGCGAACGGCAGCGACGACAGUCCGACAGAAAGUGCUCUCAGGCCGGCCGUCGGCAACAGAGUGAGCGUGGUGCUUGGAGCUCAGUGGGGCGACGAGGGGAAAGGAAAAGUUGUGGAUCUCCUGGCACAAGACGCGGAUAUGGUGUGCAGAUGUCAGGGCGGCAACAACGCAGGACACACAGUGGUGGUCGACUCGGUGGAGUACGACUUUCACCUCCUCCCCAGCGGCAUCAUCAACCCCAAGGUCACCGCCUUCAUUGGCAACGGUGUCGUGAUCCACCUGCCAGGCCUGUUUGAAGAGGCUGAAAAGAAUGAACGCAAAGGAAAAGGUCUAAAAGACUGGGAGAAAAGGUUGGUCAUCUCAGACAGAGCACACAUUGUGUUUGACUUCCACCAAGCGGUUGAUACUGUUCAGGAACAGCAGAGACAAGAGCAAGCAGGCAAGAACCUCGGGACAACAAAGAAGGGGAUUGGUCCAGUGUACUCGGCCAAGGCGGCACGUAGCGGCCUCAGGAUAUGUGACCUGUUGGCUGACUUCACUAAGUUCUCUGAAAGGUAUAAAGUGUUGGCCCAGCAGUACAAGGCGAUGUACCCCACUCUGGAGAUUGACAUAGAGGGAGAGCUCAUCAAAUUACAGAACUAUGUGGAGCGGAUCAAGCCCAUGGUGAGAGACGGCGUGCACUACAUGUACGAGGCUCUUCACGGUCCUCCGAAGACGAUCCUGGUGGAAGGAGCCAACGCAGCUCUGCUGGACAUCGAUUUCGGGACGUACCCGUUUGUGACAUCGUCCAACUGCACGGUGGGCGGAGUGUGUACGGGUCUCGGCAUGCCGCCACAGAACGUCGGGGAGGUUUACGGGGUCGUCAAGGCGUACACCACCAGAGUGGGCAUCGGAGCGUUCCCCUCAGAGCAGACCAACGAGAUCGGAGAGCGACUCCAGACUCGAGGGAAGGAGGUGGGCGUGACCACAGGCAGGAAGAGGCGAUGUGGUUGGCUGGAUCUGGUGCUCAUCAAAUAUGCACACAUGAUUAAUGGCUUCAGUGCGUUAGCGCUCACCAAACUGGACAUACUUGAUGUGUUCGCAGAGAUCAAAGUGGGCGUAGCGUACAAAGUCAACAACCAAACUAUACCUCACUUUCCAGCCAAUCAGGAAGUGUUGCAGCAUGUGGAGGUCCAGUAUGAGACGCUGCCGGGCUGGAACAGCGACACCUCGGCUGCGAGACACUUUGAUGAGCUGCCGGAGAACGCCCAGAAAUAUGUCCACUUCAUUGAGGAGCAUGUUGCAGUGCCUGUCAAGUGGAUCGGAGUGGGCAAGUCUCGGGAGUCCAUGAUCCAGCUGUUCUAGACGAAGGGAAUGAGAAACGCAAGCAACCAGGAUGCACUGCAGCUGAUCAACUGUACCCUUAUUCCCACGCGCACGCACACACACACACACACACUCACACACACACAGCCUACCUACCUGUUCUUAAUUCUUUACCACUGUAUCAUCCGACUGACCCACGUCACACACCGGACCUCUCUGGAUCAGACUGACCUCCCUGUAUGAACCCGUGUCCAUCUGGUUUUUUAAACUUCUUAGGACGACAGUUCAUCUGUCAAGUCCCUUUUUUUUUUAAUUUAAUUUGUCCCCGUUUAUAUUGUAGCUGUUUAUUUCAGACGUGCAACACCAGCUGCCGUAAGGUCUGAAAGAGGACACGAGGGAACGGCCUCGACACACACGGAGGAACUGUCCACAUGCGUUUGGUCGGUCGAGCUUUUGUUCGAGUGUAUGUUUGUUGAUCGAUGCUGUGUUUUAAUGUGCCAGUCUGGUGUAAAUCAGUUUUUAACCUCUGCACUUUAGAUGCUUUGGACUCCAUCUGCUUUAUGUUUUAUUCUGCCAGGUGUACGCCACAUCCUGACACGAUGAAGGGAUCCUUUAAUAUUUGUAAUGUGUCUUUUUGUGUUGGGUUAUUCGUCCGACAAAGACUUCUCACAUUGCCUUGUCAUUCAACCAAAAAAUGUGCUUUUAAAUUUCUUGUAGCUAGCGACGGCUUCCACUGGAAGCUGUUGACGAAGUGUUGACUCGCAUCGUCCCGUGCUGUGACGACUCGUGUCUUUCUGAACCAGUAUAGAGAUAUAACUUGUAACUUUUUUUUCAAAUGGAAAUCAUCUACCCGCUCACAUUCUUGUGAUUGUUCUUAUUAUUAUCAUCGCUUUCUUUGCACGUUCAGUACAAUGCUCUGUUAAAUGUGGAGGAAGGCAGCGGGAACAACUUCUACACAAAGAAACGUGUAAAUAUGGAUUGAUAAAAACUGCAUACGACAGGUG